AUGAAAACGUUUGUGAAGAAUCUGAUCAGAAAACUUCUGAAGCAGAACACCAAAUUUGCCUUUGCACAGUACUCCACCUCCUGCACCAUCCACACAAACUUUAACCAGUUUCAGAGAACGAGAUGGGAAAAUCAGGUGGACAAUAUCCAGCAAAUGGGUGAAAUCGCGAAUACUGCAAGUGGUAUCCUGAAAGUUGUGAACAAUGUGUUUGGUUCCUCUGCUGGAGCGCGACCUCAAGCCAACAGGAUUCUCAUUGUCAUCACAGAUGGGGAGUCCCAAGAUUCCGAAAAAUAUCCCUCUGUUACAGCACUGGCUGACAGAAAUAACAUUAUUAGAUACGCUCUUGGGGUUGGCGAUGCUUUUAACAACCGGAAUGCAAGAAAUGAGCUCAGGAGCAUAGCAUCCUCACCAGAAUCAGACCACGUGUUUAAAGUGGACAGCUUUGAGGCACUGGACAAAAUUAGCAAUGCCCUGGAAAAGAGCAGCAUUGCCAUUAAAGGCUAUUCGAUGGCUGUAGCAAGCAGAGACGGACAGAACUACAUCAUAAUGGGAGCCCCCAGGUAUAAACACAAGGGAUUGCUCGUGGUCUUCUUUCCUGAAGAUGACCCACAGAUGCUCAAACAGUCUCAGAUCGGUGCUUACUUUGGAGCAGAGGUGUGUGUGGUGGAUUUGGAUGGAGACUCCAACACUGAUCUGAUUCUGGCAUCUGCCCCCAUGCAUACAGAAGGAAGGAGAGAGGGGAGAGUGUUUGUCUAUAAAUUCACCAAGGAGGCUACUUUCAUCUUUUCCAUGCAGUAUUUUCACAUGGAGGUGUCUGACACUGGUGUGUGCCUGCUGGGGAUGGAGGGUCAGAGGGGGAGGUUCGGCUCGUCUCUGGCCAGCCUGGCAGACCUGAACGGGGAUGGGAUCAGGGAUGUGGCAGUGGGAGCUCCUCUGGAGGAUGACGGACAGGGCAGCGUGUACAUCUUCAACGGGAGGACACGAGGAGUGAACCCCAACUACUCACAGAGGAUUGCAGGUUCAUCGGUGUGGUCCGGACUGCGGUUCUUUGGCCUGACUGUGGCCCAGUCUGCUUUGGAUCAGAGUGGAGACGGGCUGCCUGACAUUACAGUCGGGUCCAAAGGAGCGGUUCUGCUGCUCAGGUCCAGGCCCAUCGUAUCCAUGGUGACCAGUGUGACCUUUACCCCACCCAAAAUCCCCACCUCUAUCUCUAGCUGCACGGGUUCCCAACAGAUCACAGCAUCAGUGUGUUUCAGCAUGACCAAGGCCACUAAUGACAACUUCAAAGACCUGCAAGCAAAACUCAGCUACACUCUGAAGUUGGAUUACGUCCUGCAAUGGACUCGCGCCUACUUCACGGCCAAUGAAAAAGAGAAAAACUUCCAGUCCUUAGUGAAACUACAAAAAGACUGUUUCCAGCAUCCUUUCUUUGUGCAGUGCUCACCUGAGGACGCUCUGAGUCCUGUGGACGUCCAGGUGAUCGUCUCCUUUGAGGGGGUUCCUAUACAGACUGCAGACGGCCUGGUACCACAGCUGGCCAGCGGCUCCAGUAAAGUCACAGACCACAAGUUACAUUUUGAGAUCGAUGGUGGAGAAGACAAAGUCUAUGAAGACAAUGUACGAGUUGACAUUAACUUUUCUGGGUCCUCCACCAUAGAGGUGGGCAUUGCACAGGAGAUGAGUGUGACGGUGAUGGUGGAGAAUAGAGGAGAAAACUCCUACAACACCCGUGUGUCUCUGUCCUACCCUCACGGCCUCUGCUACAGGACCUUCACCAAGACCCAGGGCAGAGUGGAGUGCAGUUCUCUAGACAGUCCAGAUGGAUCCACCCAGGGAAAGACUGACUGCAGCAUCAACAGACCCAUCCUUAGAACUGGUGAUAAGAUCCAGGGAUGCACUAGAGGGGGUGAGAAGAGCCCAAUCAUCACAGACCUGCAGCACACCUUCAAGGACAACAAGGAGCCUGAUGUGAACUGCUCCAUUGCUGUGUUUCUGGAGUUCAGGUGUACGUCAUACAUGACUAGAGACGCCCGCAGAGUUUACAAAAUCUCAGGGAACGUGAGCUCAGGAUGGAUUGAACAGACGGGACUGCGUUCUGCUUUGUUCCAUUUGGUCAGCUCUGCCACGCUGGAGUACGACAACAACAAAUACAUCUUCUACUCCUCAGACUCCUCACGCCUCGCACCUGUCGCCAGGAUUGAGACUCUUGUGGAGGUCUAUGAGAAGCCAAAUCUAACUAAGGAGAUCAUUGGUGGAGUAGUGGGUGGUCUGAUCCUAUUGGCUCUCAUGACAGCUGGCCUUGCCAAGUCGGGCUUCUUCAAGAGUCAGUACCAACAUAAACUAGAGGAGGCAGGAGCUGAAGCAGAAGGAGAAGAGGAACCACUAGAAGCAGUAGCAGAAUAA